UGCGGGUGCUGAAGCCAUAGCGCUGUCCCUCUCCUCUCGCCCCACUUCAGGCUAAGGAGGGGUUGGUGGGCGGGAGUGGAUCUGGAGAAGAUUUCCUGCCCCCAAGGAUGGGAGUGUGGGGCCGGCUCUCUCCUCCCCCUGGCAAAUCAGCCCGAGAGGGUGGGGAAGGAGGGAGAGGGGCUUGCUUCGCACGCUGAAAGUGGAUGAACAUCCCUCCCCCGCUCUCCUCCUCCCCUUCUUUUCCUCGCUCUCCGCCUGUGGAGCUGGGACCUGGGUGCGUUGGAUGCCGGACUCCCUCUCCGCCUCUCCUGCGCCUGCUUUGUCGGGGAUGUACUGAACAGGGGGGCCUCUGCCCCGGGGACUCUCCGCUGUGCACCCCUCGCCUCCCUGUGGGGCCGGUUUUAACGCGUUUGCAGAUUGAGGACCGCGGCCGGCGUGCUGUGUAAAGAAAAUCUUUAGCCAUGGAUGUAUUCAUGAAAGGGCUUUCCAAGGCUAAAGAGGGAGUUGUGGCAGCAGCAGAAAAAACCAAACAGGGUGUGGCAGAAGCAGCAGGAAAGACGAAAGAGGGCGUUCUCUAUGUAGGUUCCAGGACCAGGGAUGGAGUUGUUCAUGGUGUCACAACAGUGGCUGAGAAAACCAAAGAACAAGUGUCUAACGUUGGGGGAGCUGUGGUGACGGGAGUGACGGCAGUAGCGCAGAAGACAGUGGAAGGAGCAGGCACGAUUGCUGCAGCCACUGGCUUAGUCAAGAAGGAUCAGCUGGCCAAACAGAAUGAAGAAGGAAUCUCGCAGGAAGGAAUGAUGGAUAAUACAGAUAUGCCAGUGGACCCAGAUAAUGAGGCUUAUGAAAUGCCUCCUGAGGAAGAGUAUCAAGAUUAUGAACCUGAAGCAUGAAAAUCUCUUCCCUCUUUCUAUCUUCUGAAAUCUACUAACAAAGACGUCCUGUCCUGUACAAGUGCUGAGUUCCAAUGUGCCCAGUUGUACAUUUUUUUUUUAUUAUUUGUAUUACAGUUUUUAACAGUGUAUUUUGAAGUCUUCUAUCAGCAAUGAUUCAAGUGUCUGGGUCUGCACCCAGCUUUCAUUUCAGUGAUUCCCUCCCACUGAAAUGAAACAACGGGGUGGCAGGGCCAUUGUCGUGCUGUGGAUAUUGUGGCUUCAAGUUUUAAAAGUAUAAAAAAAACAUUAAAAAACCACCUAAGUGUCUAUUACUUAUUUCUAAAGCUAUACAUGUUUUCUUGCUAGGUUGUCAGUAACUUGGUAUUGUUUCUGAUACAAGGAUUUUUUUUGUUUCAUAUUAUUGCUCUGUCUCGGGGUUAACUUAUUGUGAGAAUUGUUUAUACAUAUUAUAUAUAUAUAAAGUAAUUGAGCAUGAACUAUGCACCUAUAAAUAUUAACAACAUUUUUAUUGUUUUGUGAUGUGUUUUAUUAAUGUAUGUCUGUAAAUAACGGUGUUCAACUGCAGCAAAUAAAAUGUAAUUCACUAAAAAAUGAACUUUCAUAUUGGUGGUGAUUUACAGCACACUCUUUCCUUUCUAAGAGUAUAUGUUAAAUAAUUCAGGAUAAGUAUCUCAUUGUGAAGGAGUUGCAGCGAAAAAAAAAUUACACUCGGAGCAGUAUAAAAGAUGGGAGGAUGAAUUAUACACCAGCUGAAGAUAUGGCCCUCUAUGUUUGUGGGUGUGGUUUAUUCAAUAAAAGUUUACAAAAUAGAUGUUUUGACAGUGACAAUAAAUUUUCAGUCAUAAAGAAUCAAGAAACAAAAGAGGUCGUCAACAAUGAAAUGCAGCAGUUUAUCAGGAAAUUGUAAGAACCUAUGAAGAAUCAUCAUCUCGAGGUAGUUAAAAUACCAAGAUAUGGAGAAACCAGCUGAGUGAUGGAUUGGUUGCACUGUAUUUGUGUCAGGUAAAAUUUGACUAUAAUUUGUUUUCCCAAAAAUAGACCCAUUGUGUGGUUACUGUUUUACAGCACUGAAUUUUAGUUCUUUAUUAAAGCUGAGUAUCUCUCUAUUCACUGUGCUGACUGGAUACACUUCUCUGGAGUGGGAUAUGUAGAUAUAAAGAGACAAUUCAAUUCUUUCCCUUGUUAUUCAGGCUACUCUUUUAUCCUUGGAUUCAAGUUUUACCUCUAACCUGCAUGACAGUACAUUUUAAUCUAAAUUUUUAUGAUGCAUAUUGUCACAAGUAGGAUUUGUACCUUUCCUCAGACCCUCUCUUUUCAAUAAAACCUUGCUCGUAUAUAAUGCUUUUCAUGUGUAGAUCUUAAUGCAGGUAAAUAUCAUUAUCCCCAUUUUGCAGAUGAGGAGACAGGCAUAGAGAGGUGAUGUGACUUGACCAAGGUCACAGAGUAGGUCAGUAGCAGAGUUAAAAAUAGAACCCAAGUCUCCUGAGUCCUGAUCCAGUGUCCUAUCUGCCAGGCAACACUGAUCAUUUCUCUGGCAUUGGCAUGCCCAGAAUUGAACGUAAAAUUCCUGGCAUGGUCUCACUAGAAUUGUGUGCAGGGAGACUUGAUGUGAGGUCUCUGCAGUCAAAAAAAAAAAAAAAAAACCCCAACAAAAAAAAAAACAACACGGGCAUUUUGGUUUCAUUUUGCAUUGCAACCUCACAUUUAAUUUCCU